AGCCCACGCUGCCCCUCGUUUUGAAGUUGAUAGCGGGCUAGUGCGGGGCAUCAAAAAAGCAGCCCGCGUCUCCCCCUCCGGAAUUUUGACUCACUUCCCGGAUCGUGUCACAGUUGGGCAUUAAUAAAUUCGCCAAUUCCAGGGAGUCCUCGACGUCUCGGACCCAUUCCUCGAUCCUGCAUCUUCACGGACCACAGCAACCAUGGAGGACGGAAAGGAACAGUCCAAGAGCGCGCUGAAGAAGGCCGAGAAGCAGGCCAAGAUGGCGGCUGCGAAGGCUGAGAAGGCCGCAAAGCAGGCGUCUCUCCCUGUUGUUGGCGGCAAGAAGACGGACGACAUCAUCGGCAUCACCGUUUCCAAGACGGAAAACUUCUCGCAAUGGUACCAAGAAGUCGUCCUCAAGGCCGAGAUGAUCGAAUACUACACCGAAAUCUCGGGCUUCUUCAUUAUGCGCCCGGCCACCAUGCACGUCUGGAACACGAUUCGGAAGUGGUUCCAGGAGCGGAUCGAGGCAAUGGGUGUCGAGGAGACCAACUUCCCCAUGUUCCUGUCACAGAAGUCGUUGGAGAAGGAGAAGGACCACGUUGAGGGCUUCGCUCCCGAGCUCGCGUGGGUAACAAAGGCUGGUGACAAGGACCUCGAGGUCCCCGUCGCCGUUCGUCCGACUUCUGAAGCGGUCAUGUACCCUUACUACUCCAAGUGGAUCCGCAGCCAUCGCGACCUCCCCUUCCGCCUCAACCAGUGGAACUCGGUCGUCCGCUGGGAAGCCAAGCAGACAACCCCCUUCCUCAGAGCCAGAGAGUUCCUUUGGCAAGAAGGCCAUACCGCCCAUCUAACCGAGCAGCUCGCGGGGGAGGAGGUCCUCCAAAUUCUCGAGCUGUACGCCGGUAUUUACGAACAACUGCUCGCCGUCCCGGUUGUGCGGGGCAGGAAGACCGAGGCUGAGAAGUUUGCCGGUGGCUACUACACAACCACGGUGGAGGGAUACAUCCCGUCAAACGGGCGGGGCAUCCAGGGUGCCACAUCCCACUGCCUCGGGCAGAAUUUCUCCAAGAUGUUCGACAUCACGGUUGAGGACCCCAACGAGAAGGGCAAGCACAUCAACGUCUGGCAGAACUCAUGGGGUCUGUCUACACGUGUCAUCGGCGUCAUGGUCAUGAUCCACGGUGACGACAAGGGGCUCGUCCUUCCCCCGCGCAUCGCCAAGAUCCAAUCCAUCCUCAUCCCGGUCGGCCUCACCGCGAAGAUGACCGCCGAAGAGAAGGAGAAGCACCUCAAGCACCUCGACGAGAUCUUCUUCACCAUCAAGAAGGCCGGCAUCCGCACCGAGGUCGACCUGCGCGACGGCUACACCCCGGCGUGGAAGUUCAACGACUGGGAGCUGAAGGGCGUGCCCCUCCGCCUGGAAUUCGGCCCCAAGGACGCGGCCAAGGAAGUCGUCAGCUACGCGCGCCGCGACACGGGCGAGAAGGGCACGAUCCCGCUCACCGAGCUGACCACCAAGAUCCCCGAGCUUCUCGAGACCAUCCAGCAGGAUAUGUACAACAAGGCCGAGGCCGCGUACCGGGAGCAUCGCCUGCAGAUCACCAAGUGGGACGAGGUGGUCCCCGCGCUCGACGCCAAGAACGUCGUCAUCAUCCCGCACUGCCUGGUCCCGGCGUGCGAGGACAAGAUCAAGGAGCUGACGGCCGGCCGGACGGACGACGCCGCCGAGAACGCCCCCGAGGGCCAGAAGGCCCCGUCCAUGGGCAUGAAGUCGCUGUGCAUUCCCUUUGACCAGCCUGAGGGCCUGAUCAAGGGCGAGACCAAGUGCCUGAGCCCCGAGUGCAGCCGGUUGGCGGAGCAGUGGUGCAUGUUCGGGCGGAGCUACUAGGCAUCUAGCGCAACAUGAACUCAAAUCACUUUUCUAUCAUUUUGUCGUUUGCAAUGGACCAUGGUGCUAUCAGCGGGUUGGGGAUGGAAUGCUUCUCUUAUGACUGCUUGGGCCUUUUCCAUAGGCAGAGCCUCGAUACCUCUUUACUUUCCUGCAUUUAAAACCGUGAUGAGACAAGUGUUUGUGUUUGAUGAUGAUCUCGCCCAGUGUUGUUGGCAUGCUCCAUAAAUGGGCAAGCCUCGCCUGUGUUCAGUUCGAUCCAUAACCUGUAGUAUCUGGCUGAUAUUUAACCAUGCACAUAGAGCAUGACAAUCAUCUCCCCCGUCAACAUCCCGGCACCUUGCAUUAGCAAGAAUGAACCUGAGAUGUCAUCAAAUUUGAGCUGUUGCCGCUUCACUCCCUUAGACAUAUACACCCCCAAUUUCGCUAGACCUCUUCGGCCUCCCUCUCCCCUUCCCUUUCCCCUUCCCGUUCCCCUUCCC